CCUAGUGGAGGAUGUUCGGCUCAGAAUACAUGCUGUCCUCGCUUCCGGCUGCAUCUCACUUCUACAGCCCUGCUUUCUCGGCCCAGCUCGCAUCCGCUCCUGUCUGCAGCCUCUUCCUCCCAGCUCCCCUUUUCAGCUACCAGCUCUUCCAGCCCUGCAGCCCUCCGGAGCCCUGCAAACAAGCAUUGCUGCUGGCGAGCCAAGGCGCAGGUUUGGGGGAGCUGGGGGACUUCUCAGAGGAAGCUCGCCCGCAGAAGCAGAGACGAGCCCGAGCCAAUUACAGCAGCUGGCAGCUGGAGGAGCUGGAAUCAGCCUUUGAGACCACGCGCUACCCUGACGUCUUCAUGAGGGAGGCCCUAGCCCUCCGGCUAGACCUGAUAGAGGCCAGGGUUCAGGUUUGGUUCCAGAACCGCAGAGCGAAGCUGAGGAGACAACUGAAACUGCAGGGUCGAGCUCUGGACCGAGCCCUCACUAGGGACUCGUCUGCCUCAGGACACAAGAAGCCCCAAGCCCCCCAGGAAAUCGAAGGUUCAAAUCCGGCCGCGGCGCGGCUCCUGCCCGCACACCCAGCAGGCUGCGGCCGGGACCCGCUGGCGGGGGAGGGCAGCGAGCCGCGGGCACCGGAGCGGGGCUGCAGGACGAGCUGCGCCUUGGGCGGCGAGCGGGACUCGGUGGCGGCGGCUCCCCGCGUCCGGGGCUGGGAGUCGGGACGCCCCGAUACCCUCUGGGGCUGCUGCGGGCUCCCUCCGCUAGACACAGCCGGGCUGGGGCCAGCUUCGUCGGCACCCCCCAGCAGUGAAGGGGGGAGGGAGUUUUGUACCAGCAUCGCCUGCAUCCCCCUCCAGCAGUGA